UACUGUUGAAUGUUAACAUUUUUUUUAGCGGUUAUUGAAACUUGUUCUAUAGCUCUAAAUGAUUCCAAUUUUUAUCGUUCUGGUUGGCUUUAUGAUGAUCAUCGUAUUUUUAGGGAUCAUACAAUGUUCAUUCCGCUCGAAUUCAAAUGUGGGAGAAGAUAUGAUACUUAAAUCACCUAUUCAAUUGAAUAAUGAAGAACAUAGUAAGGCAGUGAUUAUAAAUCUCAAUUCAAACAGAAACCAAUCGAAAUUAACUGGCAACUUGCAGAAAAAAGCCAAGACAACCAAUAUUGUGUACGAACAUUACAUACCGAAAUCAAUAUUAGCCAAUUUACAAGAAGCGGAAAAAAUAGAAUUAGCAUCUAUGGCUAUAUUAGCAGCGCCUAAUGAAGUACAAUUGAUGGAUCAGCAUGUAUUUCAACGGAAACAACCGAAACGAUUAUUUUCAAAACAGGGAAUGUUUUCCAACACAUCAUUAUCAUCAGCAUCGAUGACAAAAUGGACAAAUCGUUGCAAUAAUAACAAAAUAAAUUUACUAUCCACAUUGGAACAACAGCAACAAUCAAAUCCAUUCCAAUCAAUGUCCACAGCUUCAUUUGAGCCAAAAUUUUCUCAUUUAAUGUCUGCAUGUUCGAAUAUGGGUCCAUCAUACAAUAUUAGUAUGAAUAAACGUCCAUCAAUGGAAACAGUGCAAACAAAGAAAAUGAAACGUACAAAAAAUAGUGAUGAUUCAUUGGUACAAUCAUCACUAUCAACAAAAAGUCGUACACUUAUGGCCACAAGAAAGGCAAAAGAACGAUCAAAAAUUCAAAAUUAUUCUAGCCAACAAACAGAUCAAAAUGACGAUUGUGAUGAUGACAAUAGCAGAUCAAUUGGUAUUCCGAGGAAAAUUCAAGAUCCUCCCGAUUAUUAUCAACAAGAAAUGAGUGGUGCUGACGAUGGAUUUAAAUCUAAAAUUGCAUCAUUUAUUAAUAAUAAUAGCCGACAUCAUUCUCGGGCACCAACAUCCGGCAUAGCAUAUAAGCCGUUUCAACUUUUAUCUAACACUAGCAACAACAAUGACAGCAAUAUUGAAUAACAAACACCCCAUUUGAAUGACAUAAACCAACCAAAUAAUCAUAAAAUUAAAAAAAUUAAUUUUAUAUUUUC